AUGAGACUGAGAAAGGGAGGAAAAGGAAACGAAAAACAGACCCAGUCGCGGCCCCUCCCGCCGCACCCGCGCCGUCGGCCCACAGGUCCUCGGAGCGCGCAGGCCCGGCCCUUCCGGCGCUUCGAGGCCGCGGGCGCCCAAAGCCUGGAGGCGGCGCCGCCAACCCCGCCCGGAACAGAAGCACUAGGCCGAAAUCACCUCCGGUGCUCCCUGAUAAGGAGGUGGGGGGUUGGGCCCGACACCGUCCCACGCGCGGGACCUACCACUGUGUCCCCGCCCAGGCCCUUCCUUCUAGCCGCCCGCGGCUCCGCCCCUUCCCAACGAGGCCGCGCCCCUCUCUGCCCGCGGCCACGCCCCAUUGUGCAUCCCGCUGCGGCCUAG